AUGUCACUUGAUACGGGAUGCCCUCAUAUCAAUGAGUUACUUGCACUGAAACCGCCCAAGCUCAGCCAAUCUGUACACAGAGAAGAGUGCACCCAGUGCUUCGACAACCAAGAUGGACCACUCGGAGUUGACGUGUGUCUUGCUUGCUUUAAUGGCGCUUGCCUUAAUCAAGAUCGGCAUCAUGCUCGCACCCACGUCUCACAAUCAGGUCAUGCUUUUACGCUGAACGUCAAACGAUCGCCAAAGAACAAAUCAUCCAGUCGGGCUGAAGAUGAGGAGCCACCCGCCAAGAUGACAAAGCUUGCAAUCGUAGAAGAGCGAGAGGAAAAUAAGUUCGAGCACAGCACAGCGAUAAAGUGUUGGAAGUGCAAUCCAGAAGAUGGAAAGGUGAUCGUUGUUGAUAAUCCAGCCACAAGGUCUCUCGUAGACGAAGUGCUGCACUCCCUGUCUUCCGCUCGUCAAUCAGAGGUCAAGGCAUGGGAGGAGGAGAUCACUGCUUGCGAACAUACACUGCUUUUGGAGCAAGUACAGAGUGCACCUAUCCCGCCACAGGGAUUGGCGCAUUGUACCUCCUGUGACCUUACUUCAAAUCUAUGGCUUUGCCUUAGCUGUGGUGCAUUGGGCUGCGGUCGCGCCCAAUUUGGUGGCGUAGGUGGAAAUGGGCAUGCGCUUGCGCAUUUCAACGAGAGCGGCCACGCAGCUUGUGUGAAAUUAGGUACCAUCACACCAGAAGGUGGAGCAGAUAUCUACUGUUAUGCAUGUAAUGAUGCAAGGCUCGAUCCUGACCUCGCUACUCAUCUUAAAACAUUUGGUAUCAGCGUUGCAACACAGAAGAAAACGGAGAAAAGUAUGACAGAACUACAAAUCGAGCAAAACCUCACUUUCGACUUUUCCCUUACUGCGGAAGAUGGUUCUGCAUUGGAACCAAUUUUUGGGCCUGGGACGACGGGUUUGAGCAAUUUGGGAAACAGCUGUUACAUGGCUUCUGUUCUCCAAAUGCUGUUCUCGCUCCCUGCCUUCCGAGCUCGCUACUUCGGGCAGGUCCCUGGUCCGUCUCAAGGCACCAAAAGUACCCCAGAAGUGAUUGUUUCUCCUCAAGCAAUCUUACACUGGUCGACGUGUAGCCAGGCGCUUCCAGCCGAUUGUCUUGAUUGUCAGUUGUUUAAGAUCGCUGACGGGCUUCUGAGCGGUCGCUAUUCGAAGCCUCAUCAUGGUCAAGAUUCGCUCAUGCACAUAGAUAAACCUCUCGCUCAUGCUCCGGUAGAAAAGACGCCUUGGCAAGUGGGACUCAAACCUGCAGGAUUUAAAGCGCUUGUAGGACGCGGACAUGCUGAAUUCGCAACCAUGCGACAGCAGGAUGCGGAGGAAUUCUUCGGACAUCUGCUUACGGUGCUUAGGCGUCACAACCAUACGCGAGGAGGUGCAACUGAAGAACCCACGGAAACAUUUGCAUUUGGUCUUGAACAGCGUUUGCAAUGCCAAUCAUGCCAAAGGGUUCGGUAUAGAGUGGACACAAUGGAUUCGCUCAGUGUAGCCGUGCCGGCACAAGAACUCCACAACGACGAGGGAGGAGGGGGGGUAGUAGAGCAGGAGAUUGCGCAGGUCGGAGCGCCCAACGCAAAGAAGGACAAUACAGGAGGGAAAAAAUAUCAAUCUAUCCAGCUGACGCAGUGCCUCGAUUUGCUCCUUGGUGCCACAGGCAGAGAAGAGCUUGAAUAUCAGUGCGAAGGAGGGUGUGGAAAGGUUAGUGCAGUCAGGCAGACACAAUUUGCGAGUUUCCCAGAUGUUCUUGUGGUACACACCAAAAAAUUUCAGCUUGUCAACUGGGUCCCAACCAAACUCGAUAUCCCUAUCAUACUUCCCCAAGACGAUGUUCUUACUUUGGAUGGCUAUCUAGGACAAGGCCUGCAGCCUGAUGAAAUCGAGCUACCAGACUCCUCUUCUAAUCCACCAAGCGCUCCCCAAUUUGAUCCCGAGGCGGUAGCACUCUUGGAGGGUAUGGGAUUCCCUACUGUUCGUUGCCAGAAGGCACUGCUUGCGACGGGAAACGCAGGAGCGGAAGUUGCUAUGGAAUGGUUGUUUGGGCAUAUGGAUGACGCUGAUAUCGAUGAUCCAAUCGUCAUUGCAUCCUCUACGGGCCAGACCUCAGGUAGUGAACCAUCGGCGGAGCAGGUCGCAAUGCUAGCUGAUAUGGGCUUUUCGAGCGCCCAAGCAAAGAAGGCUCUGCGAGAGACGGGUGGUGAUCCAGAGCGUGCGGUGGAGUGGCUGUUCAAUCACCCGGACGAUACUGGCGAAGACGUUCCGCCUGCUAGCGGCGAAAGUAAAGCGGCGAAAGCACUCCCUGGUUCUACUCGCCUACCAGCUCGCUACAGGCUUAAAGCAUUUAUCUCGCACAAGGGCCCGAGUGUCCACUCGGGACACUACGUUGCGCAUAUACGGAUCCCUGGAGCUGACUCGAAUAGCGCGGACGACUGGGUGUUCUUCAAUGACGAGAAGGUGGUCUUGGCGGAUAAGGAGAGCGUGAACGGACUCAAGAAGCUGGCAUAUCUCUAUAUAUUCGAGAAAGCCUAG